GAGGUGAUAUGCUGGGCUUGUAUAUAGCCCGUAUAUUCCUGGGCAAUAAAGCUAGUCGUGAGUCAGGGCUCUCGCUGUUUCCUGGGCUGUACGUCUCUGCUCGUUCUGUGCGCUAGUGCUACAAUGUAAGAAGCAAGUCACCCGACGAAGCACAACGCAGUCGCGGACGUCUGCUUCGAGGACGACCUGUCGCGAACAGCUGCCGGGCAGGCCGAAGUAGUGACGGCAAGCGGCCAUUGGGUGAAGGUGAGCGACGGCUGGUAUAACGAGUGAUAGCGACCACGCACAUACGCUUUUGGACUUGCUGACUGCCAGAGAUUCUUCGACGACUGGCACCAUCAACGCCGGUGACGUCACAACUUCGCAGACUGACCGGAGCAGCGAGACGCAAGCGAAACAGCGGAUCAUGCUGGCCGAGACUUCGCGGCUGCGGGCCAUCCUCGUUGCUCUGCUGACGACUCCUCACAUCGUGGGCGCCUCCGACAAGAGGCCCGUGUACAACAUCUACCACAUGGUGAACGCCAUCUGGCAAGUGGACGAGGGCAUGCAGCUGGAAGCCAACGCCAUCGAAUCGGACGUCACCUUCGACAAUAACGGCACCGCGUCCUGGUUUUUUCACGGAGUGCCGUGCGACUGCCUCAGGUGGUGUGAGCGUUACGAGCAAGUGCCUGCUUUUCUGCGGUACCUCCGGCGAACAACAGACGGAGGCAUAUAUGAAAAACGUCUCGCCCUGCUAGUUUUGGACCUCAAGACUGGCAGUCUUUAUCCGGACAAGAAGUACGUGGCAGGCGUCGACAUUGCGAAAAAGCUCCUGCAUCAUCUGUGGCUUGGAGUCUCUGUCACGAAGGCGAUGAACGUCCUCCUGGCAGUACCCAGCGUCGACGAUGCAGAAGUGUUCCGGGGAGCGGUACUUACCAUCCAUCGCCAAAGGCCCGACAUGAUCGACAAAAUAGGAUUCGACAUCACCAAUAACGAGGACCUGAGCACUAUUGAGAAGUUGUACCGGCAGCUCGGCAUACGAGGUCAUCGGUGGCAAGGCGAUGGUGUCAGCAACUGCGUCUCCUUCUUUCGACCUGCCGACAGGAUGAACAGCGUCGUCGCAAACCGCGACGCGGGACAAUCAUCCGGCUUCGUCGAGAAAGCUUACCAGUGGACCAUCGAUAUUCCGCAGCAGCUCCGACUGUCCCUAAGGAGAAACGUGGACGGUAUAAUCACAAACACACCGGACCGCUUGGCAUACAUUCUCAAGGAGAAAGAAUUUCGAAGCAGGAUGCGACUAGCCAACGCCUCUGACAACCCGUGGACUCGUUUCGGAUGUCACCACAACUGCGAAAGCAAGCCCUUCAUUUCGAUGGACGUUCUGAGUGACGACGGAAUCGCAAGAGCUGCCACACCUGCUUAACUCAAACAGCGAGGAUGCCUACAGAAUGAAUGGGUACUCAUGAGUUCGA